UGGCACAACAGAGGCGGCAGAGAGAACAGCUUGAUGGCUCCCAAAAAGGCAAAGAAGAAGACAGAGGGAGGAGCUGGCUCCAAUGUGUUCUCCAUGUUUGACCAAUCCCAGAUCCAGGAGUUUAAAGAGGCCUUCACCAUCAUGGAUCAGAACCGGGAUGGCUUCAUUGAUAAGAACGACCUGAGAGACACCUUUGCAGCCCUGGGUCGUCUCAAUGUCAAGAAUGAAGAGCUGGAAGCCAUGGUGAAGGAGGCACCUGGUCCCAUCAACUUCACUGUCUUCCUGACCAUGUUUGGUGAGAAGUUGAAGGGCACAGAUCCAGAAGACACCAUCCUGCAUGCUUUCAAGAUUUUUGAUGUUGAAGGAAAAGGCUUCCUUAAGGCAGACUUCAUCAAAGAAAGGCUCAUGACGCAGGCAGACCGGUUCAGCGAGGAGGAGAUCAAACAGAUGUUUACAGCUUUCCCUCCAGAUGUGCGUGGUAAUCUCGAUUACAAGAACCUGUGCUAUGUCAUCACCCAUGGUGAUGAGAAAGACUAGGUUGGAGGAGAAAGCCCCCAGUGUCUCCUCUGGAAGCACUUAGUGGCAAAGGUGAAGGGGAUAAGGAAGCUUCUACCGGAGAUGGAGAGAAGAAAAGUCUCCUCCCUGUCAUGCAGCUCAUCCGAAAGGAACCAAAAAUAAUAAUUAAAAAAAUGGAAAUGAGGCUAAAGUUAUUCUAGUUAAUGUUCUAGCCUGGAUAAAAGCUGAAAUUCCAAUUUUGUUAGUUUUUCCCACACUUAAGAGAAAAAAAAACUUUUGGUGGUUUCGGCUGGAAUUUUCCUGACGAGUUGUUGCUUUUAAUUUAUUGACAGUUUUAAUGAUCACCAGAUGGCCCAUAGGAUAGAGGAAACAUCUUGGCAGCCCCUCCCCCCCAACCACCCAUUGCCUGGGCCAGACUCCAUGCUCUUGGCUGUUGCAUCAUACAGGGUCUUUGGUAACCACAAUUCUCUUCCACUCCAUAGCUUUUCACAUUAGAUAUUUAAGUGGAAUCAAACUCCAGGUUGGAAACAAACAGAGCCUGUUGGUCUCUCUUGGGGGUUAUUGUACAAGUUUAUUUUAAAAAGUGCCACUACAGAUGUUUUCAGAAGGUCCUAGCUUUCUCAUGACUGGUUUCAAAUGAUAACCUAUUCAGCACCUGGCUCGGUGCCUGAUACAUAGCAGCGUUUAAUAAAUGCUUAUUGGCGGAUGGGUGGAUUUGUUGGUCUCUCCCCCCACCCCUCCACCCUCCAAUUGGUUAGGCUACUGUCCUUACCUUUAAGGAUAGCAGCUAAGUUCCCAAAGGACCUUAUUAUUUAUCAGAAUCUUAGGGCCAAUCCCUCGGGAAGGCAAAGUCUCUCUGAUUUUAAAGAAGAUUCAUUACAAUCGACCUUACCAGUGUGCCCCAAGGACCACAGAUUGGAAGUUGAAGCCAGUUUGAUGUUAAGGAAAAACUUCUUAACAAUUAGGGCUAUCUCCAAAUAGAGUGAGAAGCCAUCUUGUCCAACCCUGCCCCUUUUACAGGUAAAAAACUGAACUCCAGGAAAGUGAAAUGACUUACCCCAAAUCAUACAGGUAUUCAGUGGCAAAGGCAGGAUUUGAACCCUGGUCCUGUAAUCCCAGAGCCAGUAUUUCUUGUGGAGCCAGGUACCUGACAGCAAGAAGGAGCCGUAGAAUGGCAACAGGCUGGAAAAGGAUGUAGAUCCACCUCUGCAUGGACCCUGGGCCUGGCAGUGACACGAGGAAUUCAUUUUCCUGGGCUGGGCUUGACCUUUGCCCACACUUAGUGGGAGGCAGAACUCCAAAGGGGACUUGGCUGUCCCACCUCCACCCAAACUCCUGUUCCAGCUGCCUCCUUUGCAUUCAUUUCAGCUCCACUCCAGACAGCCAUCCAGGGCCCUCCCAUGCCUGACCUCCUUCCCCCCAGAUAAGAGACGUUGAAUAUGUGACUUUCAGGGCUAUCGGGGCAAGCAAAGAGGAGAAAAGAGACUGGAGUUUGUGAACUUAAUUCUCAUUUCCACUCAGGUGAGAAGCAGGACCCUGGGAAAGGUACGAAGGGGGAGAGAAGACUCCUGAUUGGUUGCAAAGACACUAUGAGAGAGGACCCUGGGGGAGCGAUGGGAGGGAGACAGAGAGAUAGAGUCAGAGACUGACAGAGACAGAGAGAGGCAGACAGACAGACAGAAACAGAUGCAGAGACAAACACACAGAGAGACAGAUAAACAGAGAGAGACACGGAGAGAGAGAAAGAGAGAGAGAGAGAGAGAGAGAGAGAGAGAGAGAGAGAGAGAGAGAGAGAGAGAGAGAGAGAGAGAGAGAGAAGACAGAGACAGAGACUGGAGUCCCAGGCAUGGACAAGCUGCCUCCUAUUUGUGUAAGUUGACCACAGUGCCUGCAAAUCUAGAGACUGCUGAGAGUGGACGAUGUGGUGAGAUCAUGCCCUUCCUUCCUCGAUUUGAGUUGAGGUGUCUCUCUCUCUCUCUCUCUCCCAGCCAAAGGGUGGGAGACUGGAGGAAACAUCACCGAGCCUAAACAAUAUGGCUCCUACCUGCCCCCUUCCCUUUUUCCUCCUCCCAAUUGUGGCUGAUGCACGUGUUCCCCCCUCCCCCCAACCUGCUAAUCUUGGCAAAGGUGGACCAGUCCUCGGAUCAUAUCUAGCCCAGCCACCCUAAGCCCCUCCUAUAGAUUUAGACCCCCUUACUCCUCUCCCCCAUACAUUAAGUGAAGAUAAUUUGGGGGGGGGGUUAUUUUGGACUUGACAAACUGAGCAUUUCCAUUCAAAAGAAAGGGAAAAGGAGAUUCCGUGUGAAACCACACACCUCCACUUUGUAUAGCUUUUAAUUCUUUUCAAAAUUAUAUAAUAAAUCCAACAGAGUUUCAAAGCUG